AUGUCUCCUCCUUCUCUGCUAAGAAGAUCUAUCUCUUCAGGGUUCGUGCAACUGAACCCCCGAGAAAAAUUUGAAGAAGAGAAUGUUCCCUCUAGGAACCUCGAGGACUAUCAUCCCGUCUAUAUCGGCGAAGUGUUGAAGUCCAGAUAUCAGGUCGUCCGCAAACUUGGGUUCGGCGUGAACUCAACCCUUUGGUUAUGUCGUGGUCUUCGGCAAGUGGGGAGAAAAAGGGUGCGGGUCGUACUAGAAUACUUUGAAAUCACCGGUCCAAAUGGCAACCACUUUCCAAUAGAUGCUUUCCAAUCCGGCUUUCAACCCCUACUCGUUACUGUGGAUUAUCUACACAAAUGUGGCGUCGUUCAUACCGGCAUUUCACCAAAUAACAUCCUCCAAUCUAUCGGCGAUGAGUCGAUAAUCUCCCAGACGGAACCCGGCCAUCAAAUAUAUAAGGGUAACGCCAUGCCUGAUAUCCAUCGUGCUCCGGAAAUGGUUUUAGAAAUACCUUGGGACAGCAAAGUGACAUGUGGCCGUUGGGGCGCUGAUGAGUGCACAUUCACAGCACCAGACAUGAGCAGACUCUGUCCGAUCUGGGCGUUGGACCUUCUCGAAGUCAGCCAUCUCUUCGUUGCCACGGAGGACGGAAUAGUAAACGAGGAACAGCAUCUCGUGGAGGUAGUUUCCCUCAUGGGCCCUCCAUCCUUAGAAUUCCUCAGGCGAAGCGAAACGUUCCGGACGUAUUAG